GCUCACAAGACGGUGAUCCAUUAAGUCGACUACACUGAUCGGUGUUUACUAAUAAGUUUGAUUGGGGAUUGCAAAAACAUCACAAAUGGACAGUGAAGUAUCAGACGCGGAGCCUACACAUGGGCUGGAGAGCAGUAUGGAGGGGGAGAAUGCACCGGUGUACUGUAUUUGUCGUAAACCAGAUAUCAAUUGUUUCAUGAUUGGCUGUGACAACUGCAAUGAGUGGUUUCAUGGUAACUGUAUCAAUAUCACAGAGAAGAGGGCCAAAGUUAUCAGGGAGUGGUACUGUGGGCGAUGCAGAGAAAAAAACCCAUCAUUGGAGAUAAAAUACCGCUCAAAAAAGAGCCGUGAAAAGGAACCAGAAAGCCAGAGAGAGCCAGAGAGAAAAUAUGAAAGACAGAACAGCACCCCAGAUUAUAAAUCUGAAAGGCGCCGUGGAUCAAAGGACUCUGCUGGCGAACGUCUUUGUCUCAUGGUGUCUCAGGUGAAGCGCUCUGCUCGUAUGUGUGGGGAGUGCGAGCCCUGCUUGAGGACUGAGGACUGCGCCACUUGCGACUUCUGCAAGGACAUGAAGAAAUUCGGGGGCCCCAACAAAAUAAGACAGAAAUGUCGAUUUAGGCAGUGUGAUGUCCGAGCCAGGAAAAUGCUGCGAGUGAAGGAUGAAGAGUUUAAUUUCCGUGAAAGGCGGGGCAAUUCUUACCACCGGCGAAGACGAUAUUCAGAUGACUAUGAUAGUGAAGCAGAACUCUACGAAAAGUACAAAGCAGCGGGAUACGACGACAACAUGCCGUGGUUGAGUGAUGAGGAUGAUGGGCCUCCUUUCAGUCCUGUCCUGCGAAAAAAGGCUGUGAAGGUCAAGCAUGUGAAGAGACGGGAAAAGAAGUUUGACAAGAAAAAAGAGUCCCGGCGCCACAAACAGAAGCAGAAACACAAAGACAAAGUCCGGCACAGCGAUUGGGGUGAUGGCAGGGAUGCGGGAGGGCAGCGACAGUGCCUGGGCCCCAGCUGUGUGGAGGCAGCACGAGCCAACUCAAAAUACUGCUCAGUAGAAUGUGGCAUGAAGCUGGCUGCUGGCCGGAUCUAUGAGAUUCUCCCUCAGCGUAUCCAGCAGUGGCAGCAGAGCCCCUGCAUUGCUGAGGAGCAGGGCAAGAAGCAACUGGAGCGGAUCCGGAGAGAUCAGCAGAACGCUCGCAUGCGGCUCACGGAGAUGGAGAAACGCUUCCAUGAGCUGGAGGGCGUCAUUGCCAAAGCCAAGCAGCAAGUGGUCCAGCAAGAUGAAGAGUCAAAUGAAGGAGAAAACGAAGAGACAGAUCUGCUGAUUUUCUGUGUGUCCUGCAGUCACCCCAUCAACCCAAAGGUGGCACUACGGCAUAUGGAGAGGUGUUACGCUAAGUAUGAAAGCCAGACAUCUUUUGGUUCCAUGUACCCAACAAGAAUUGAAGGAGCAACAAGACUCUUCUGCGAUGUGUAUAACCCCCAGAGCAAGACCUACUGCAAGAGGCUUCAAGUCCUGUGCCCAGAGCAUUCCAGAGACCCAAAGGUGCCAGCAGAUGAGGUGUGCGGCUGUCCUCUGGUCCGUAAUGUAUUUGAGGCGACAGGAGAAUACUGUCGGGUUUCCAAACGCAAAUGUAAUAAGCACUACAACUGGGAGAAGCUCAGAAGAGCCGAGGUGGACCUGGAACGUGUCCGUGUGUGGUACAAGCUGGAUGAGCUCUUUGAACAGGAGCGCAACGUCCGGACUGCUAUGACAAACAGGGCUGGUCUACUUGCUCUCAUGCUUCACCAAACCAUUCAACAUGACCCCUCGACAACAGAUCUCCGCUGCAACAAGGACAGAUAACCAGCCAAGCCGCAUCAUUUUGUUUCUGACUGGUAGUUUUGUACAUUUGAGAUAUAUAUAUAUAUAUAUAUAUAUAUAUAUAUAUAUAUAUAUAUAGAGCUGAUCUUUAGUUAGAAAACAAUCCUAUUGCAUUUUUUGUAGACCUUUCUGAUGACCUUAACUUAAAAGCAAUUAAUUUUGCUGUCCUGUCACUGCUGGAAUUUCUUUCAUGAUAAUCCAAAAUA